GCCGUCGCCUUGGGAGAUUCACAGCUACCGCUGCGGCAAGCUGGUCAAGCGCCACGGAAGAAGCCGACGAGCGCAUUAGCGGCCAGGCCGUAUCAUUGCGUGCAUUUAGCCUCCGUCGACGUCGGAUCUGAUUGGGUGUUCCCGUUGUUUCCGUAAAAAAGGUCGAAGACACAUGCGAAUUGACAUCUGGCGCCAUGCAAGCACCCUCGAGCAGUACCAGCACGAGAUGCGCUCCACGCAGCGGAGCUCCGGCGCUGGGCGCCCGGCGACGCUAGGCCUGCGCGUGUGGGCGGCGUGCAUGUACUUGCCCCACUCGCCCAUCACGUGGAUCUUCCUCAUGGCGCUUGGCUGCCUCUCGGCGCUCAUCGGAGCGCUCUUGGAUGCGUGGAUUCUCGUUAUUCUCUCGUACCGGUCGUGGAUGCUUGCGUCACUCGGCGAGGAUUCUAUCUCCGCCUGCAUAUUGUGGCUGGGAUGGACCGUCGUGCUUGGGCUCCUCGCGAGCCUCUGCGGCGUCGUCUUCUCGACGUACUCGGACGGCUCGGGCAUUCCGCAGAUGAAGGCGCUGCUUGCGGGCCAGCUCGCGUCCACUCAUGUCCUCUCGUACUGCACGCUUCUCGGACGAUCCAUGGGCACUGUUCUCUCGAACGCGUCCGGUCUCUCGGUCGGGAAGGAAGGGCCGUUCAUCCACCUCAUCUCGAUCGUCGCGCACAAGCUCAGCAGCCUCGCCAUCUUCCGACGGGGUCCCGAAGACAACAUUACCUUUAUCCGCGCCGGCGUCGCGUGCGGCGUCACGGCCGUCUUUGGCUCGCCCCUCGGCGGCGUGCUGUUUAGCAUCGAGGUCACGUCGCAGUUUUACGCCAUCAAGAACCUCUGGCAGAGUGUGAUCAGCUCGUCGUUUUGCGUGCUCACGUUCCAAAUCGUCUCGGCGCUUCAGAACGACGUGCUCUUUACCAACACGACGUUCGCCGACUUUGAGCUCGGUCCAGAGCUGCUCGCGUUCUUGCUCCUCGGCGGUCUCUGCGGGGGUCUCGCGGCUGCGUUUGUGCGAAGCGUCGUGUGGCUUCAACAGCUUCAGACGCGCUACCUUUGCCCACGGUUGCCAAAGAGCUCACGCCACUACCGCUUCGCUCUCGUCGCAGUUGCAUGCGCACUCACGGCUCUCGCUGCCUACCCGUUCCUGCACCAGCUUCGGCUCUCGGACCGAACGAUCAUCAACGCAUCCUUUCGCGAUAGUCCAAUCCACGACACAGCGCUGGUCUCCAUGUCGCACGCCGCUGUCUUUAUCGUGCUCAAGUUUGGCUUGACGCUCUUGCCGUGCGGCCUUCCGCUCUCGUGCGGCAUCUUUACCCCGCUCUUUGCGCUCGGCGCAGUCGCUGGCCGGCUCUAUGGCGAAGUCGUCUUGGCUCUUGUCGGCGACGCCGUCUCGCCCGCCACGUACGCGGUCGUCGGUGCUGCGUGCCUCGCGUCCGCCGCGACGCACUCGAUCUCGACGGCCGUCAUCGUCUUUGAACUCACAGGCCAGUUGAGUCACAUGCUGCCUGUCAUGCUCUCGGUGCUCGUCGCGUACUCGGUCGGCGGUAUCUUCACCCCGUCGAUCUACGACGUCUUUGCCAAGCUUGCGGGCCUCGACUUCAUCUGCGACGACGUGUCCGAGACCGUUCUCGCCAACAAGGUGGCCCACGAAGUGCUGCAGCCGCACUGCGGCGUCCUCACACUGCACUCGACGUAUGCCGACGCCGCGUCGCUUCUCCACUUGCACCCGACGCACCAACAAUUUGCGCUCUGCGAUUCCUCCGAGUCGCGCACCCUUCUCGGCGGCGUACGUCGGUCGGACCUCGUGCUCGCACUCGCCCGACUCCGCGACCGGCUGCACGACCAUGCCGACAACGACGACGUGGUCGACUCGCAUGAGACACUGCGUGCAUCACUCGUCAAGCCCGACCUUGACACAGACGAAGCCACGUUGCUGCACGCGCUCGAGAGCCAAGGCGACCUCGAGUCGACACCCCUGGCGUACGGCCCGCCGUUCCACGCGCUUUCGUACGCUGCGCUGCCUGUCGACACGUACCCGCCCCAAGUUGGCUACAUGGUACCGCUGAGCAAGGUCUACGUGCUCUCGUGUCUCUACAUGUGGCCGCAGAUCUUUGUCGUUAAAGAAGGCAAGCUCCAAGGGAUCCUCUUUAUGGACUCGACGCUGACCAACUACUAACUCGAACCACGCGCGUCGUCGUAUUAUAAAUCUCUUCUACUCGUC